AUGGGGAUUCAAGAUGACGGGAGAAACGACUACGUCAGUGUAGCAGAAGACGGAAAUGAUCCAGCUCUCACAUUGAGGGAAGUUAAGGAUGCCAUGCACCAGCUCAAAACCAACAGUGCAGCUGGUAAGGAUGGCAUCGCAGCUGAACUCAUCAAGAUGGGCCCAGAAAAGUUGGCCACGUGUUUGCACCGAUUAAUAGAAGUUAUCAAGCCGGCUUCGUCGACAACGGACCAGAUCUUCACCGAGCGGCAAAUCCUCCAAAAAUGCCGUGAAUACCAGAUCCCAACGCAUCACCUGUUCAUCGACUUCAAGGCAGCAUACGAUAGCAUCGACCGCAUAGAGCUAUGGAAAAUUAUGGACGAGAACAGCUUUCCGGUGAUGUUGACUAGAAUGAUCAAAGCGAUGAUAGACGGUGUGCAAAACUGCGUAAGGAUCUCGGGUGAACUAUCCAGUUCAUUCGGAUCUCGUCGAGGACUGCGACAAGGUGACGGACUCUCAUGCCUACUAUCCAACAUCGCCUUGGAAGGAGUAAUGCGACGAGCCGGGCUUAACAGCCGGGGUACGAUUUUCACGAAAUCCAGUUAA